AUGCCACACCCGCCGGCGGAAACAGUCCCCGUCUCUACAUUCUUCCGGCGACCUCGGCGUCGGCCAGCCCAUCUGCGUACCAAGACUGGGUGUCUGACAUGCCGGUCACGCAAGAAGAAAUGCGAUGAGACGGGCCAACCGUGCGACAACUGUGUCAAGCGGAAGGUGGUCUGUGUCUGGCCGCAGGAAAGGGGAGCGGGGAAGGAUCUGUCGCGGGACGCGGUCGAGGUGGUAGCCGUAGCCUCGGAUAGAACCCAGCUCGGUCAGCUACAGACCUCAUGUUCCGUGACCGUCGGAGAUGGACUAGGGGUUAACUCCCCGGUCUUGGUUCCCUUGAAUGUGCACCUCUUCGAUUAUCUGCAGACCGUCUUCCUGCCGCAGCUGAUCCAUCCCCUGGCCCACGGCACGUUCAAUGAGAUGGUCAACCGGGAAGGUCUUGGGCUGGCGUUCCAGCACCCUUUCUGUAUGCACGCUCUGCUGGCCUGUUCUGCGGCAGAGAUCCCCGUCGAGAACCCACAGUACAGACGUAUGGGCCAGGUGUACUACGCCAAAGCCGUCGCCGGGCUCCGCCUGAGUCUGGAGCGCAGCGAGCCCUCGGACCGAUGGAUCGUGACUUUGUGGACAGUGUUGCUUCUGUGCAUCUACGAGCGAUCCAAACCGCACCACUCACAGGGUGUCGACGUGCAUCUGGCUGGCGCGGCCCAGUUGAUCAAGAUGUACUUCCAACCGGACAUUCGCGGACCACGCUCUAUCGAGACUGAGAUCCGAAUUCGCCGUCUGUUCCUCGAAUCGUUCAUCUUCCACGUUGCCACCAGCAUUCCCUUCCAGCACGCAUCGACGCAAUCAGCGACCAUCGACUCGGCCUUUUCCCUCGCGGAAAACAUCCUCGGGCUGAUCUGUCGCCCGCAUCUCUCCAUCGAUGCGUCCUCCCCCGUGCUCGCCGUGCCUCCCAAGCUCUUCCAAUAUAUCUAUGCCAUAGCACGGAUCUACCAGCGAUACGCCGACGGUAUUGACCUCGAGCACUGCCGAGAACUCGAGCAGGAUCUGCGACAGUGGGACACCGUGAUGGCAGCCACAACCACUCCCAACCUGCUACUGGGGCCACGAUUAUACGUUCUUUGCUCCCGGAUUCUCCUCCACCGCAUCAUCGAUGCUGACGCUGACAAAUCCAGCGUCAUUAUCGAUCAGCUGGUAACCCUCGCCAUGGACCUGGUGAAACAGCUACAUCCUACAGAAGACUAUUUUGCGGAAUACUACAGCUGGCCCUUUCUCGUGCUGGGAAUCUACCUCACUGCGGCAUCCGACCAGGUGCUCUUGCAGUCCCAGAUCCGUGGGUUCUGGCAGGCGACGAAAAACGGGACGAUGAGACGGCUGCUGGACAUGUUGGCGGCAUUUUGGGAUGGGGGGCCUGAUAUGAGAGUAUGGGACAACCUGUGGCUUAUACAGGGGGCCAAUCCAAGCGAUCCCGUGGCCGUGAACUAA